AUGUUAAGAAGAUCUUUAAGAUUGUUUUCCAGAAAUUGAAUUACAACUACAUCUGAAGAUCUUAUUCCAUCUCUAACCACUUUUUUUUCUAUGAAUCCUCCUCCAAAGAGCACUCUAAUCGUCACAGGUCCUCAGGGCACAGGAAAAUCGACUAUUCUUCAAUUGGCUUUUGCAGCUGGUAGCAAGUCAAACGACCCUUCUAUGUUUCUAGACGUAAACUUCGCUGAAAUAGUUUCUGAGCCUGCAAAAGAAGCUAGAGAGCGAAAUCCUAGUGAAGAUAACACUCUUGACCCUUUAAACUUCAUAGAUUGUUUCAAUCAAGCAGUUGUUAGAGGUCUAGGACACUUAGAAAGGAAAAAACUGCUCCCAGACACAGCAAAACAAGAAUUAGUAUCAUUGUUUCAUAACUAUGCCAGAAAACUAUGUGCAUUAUCUGAAGAAGUUGACAAAGAAAUAGCAGAAAGGACUGAUGGAGCAAACCUAAUAGAACUCAGAAGAGAAGAAAAACAAAUAGGGAUAGAAAUCAUUAAUAACAAGCUUACUUCAUAUAGAAAUGUUAUUAAACUUACUGAGGUAGAAUAUUCAGGAUACCAGCAUAUUAUUGAUAAUGUUGGGGUGUCCAUUUCACCGAAAAUUUUUGAUAUUGAGACAUUUGACCAAAAAACCGUUAAUUUUAGGCUAAAUGUCACUAUUAAAAAUUUUCAAAAAUAGUUCGGUGAAUUGACACUAUCAAAAAGGCAACGUCAUUUGACAUGGAGCCGAUAAUAUUAGCAUUGUGGACGCUUUUGAUGUCGUCGCUACCUCAAUUCUUGCAUUUAGAGCAGAACAUUUAUUUGGGGAACUUAGCUCAGCAUUUUUGGUAGUUGUGCUUAAUACAAUUGGGAAAGCUUGCUAUGAAGCAGGCAUCCAAGCUCCAGUUUUGAACGUUAGUCAGUGUCAAGUUCUGUGUAUUAUGGAAAAAACAAUUAAAUUCUUUGAGUUUCUUUUAAGUGAACUUGUUAACACAAAAACCCAUUUUUACUCAGUACUCGAAGGCCAUGGCAUUUAUGUAAGUCCUUUAUCUAUUAUUGAACAUUAUAGUGAUCUUUUUGAAUGAUGCAAUAUCAAAGAAGAAAAUGAGGAAUGGUUCAAAGCCUACGUGACUAACCAAGUCCCUGAUAUUACAAAUGGUGAGCUUCAUGAUUUAUGGCAUUGUAUCUAUGGAAACAUGGGCCUUACUGAAGUAUCGUGUAGAAUUCUAAAAUCUAAAAACAUGUCUGUUUCAGGUAUUGUAGAGUGAGUGAAUAAUGUUGCUCUCAUAGAUUUAAAUAGAACAUUUAAAUCGCUAGAAACAGAUAUAGAAACCACUGAAGAGAUAGGACUAAUGGAUAAAGUCAUGAGUAUUGAUCGCCCAAGGGUAAGAGCUGCAUGCUAUUUCUUAUAUAAGCUUUUAGAAGAGCCUAAUUAUGAGCUUGAAGUGACAAUAAAAGAUUUAGUAGAAAAUCUCGUUAUAGGAAGACUAUGUGUGCUGAAAAUAUUGUAUUUUAACACUCAUACCAUGAAAAUAGGGUUCGAUAAAAAGGUUUUUCCAAGUGUUCUACCUAAGUGCGAUGUGUGGAAGUAUAAUGAAACCUGGGCUGAAAGAGCAAAAAAUAAGAUAGCUUAUAAUAAGAUGGCUCAAGAGAAGUUAAAUUAUUAA